UUCCAUUUCUAUAAAGCUCCAGUGGCAUUAUUAAUUAAUUCAGUUCGGUACAGUUGCCCGAUUGUCCAUUUUCUUGCUAUCGAACUCUUUCGAACAUGUCGGAUGAACUCUCCAAGGAACAAAUUGCAUUGCUUAAAAAUGCUUUCGACACCUUCGAUGUGGAGAAAAAGGGCAGUAUUGGUGUGGUCAUGAUAGGCACCAUUUUAAGUAUGCUUGGAGUACAAACAACUGAUAAAAUGUUGGCAGAAAUCAUUGCAGAAGUGGACGAAGAUGGUUCCGGAGAGUUGGAAUUUGCCGAAUUUGUAACUUUAGCGUCACGAUUCAUGGUGGAAGAGGACGCGGAAGCGAUGCAACAAGAACUGAAAGAAGCCUUUAGAUUAUAUGACAAAGAAGGCAACGGAUAUAUCACAACGAGCACCUUGAAAGAAAUCUUGAAAGAGUUGGAUGACAAGUUAACAUCGGAUGAAUUGGACAUGAUUAUUACUGAAAUUGAUACUGAUGGUUCAGGCACCGUGGAUUAUGAUGAAUUUAUGGAAGUCAUGACUGGGGGUGAUGAUUAGGAUAGACAGAUUAACAUUGAAGGGGUUGGGAUUCAGUUCAAGUACCUCUUUAAAAUUGAGGAAGCAUUUGAUCAAAUUUUGUGGGAUUUAAUAAAAUUGGAAUAAACACGU